CCUUAGAGCCGUUAACGCCGCCAACACCUGGGCCCUUCCAAGCUCCCCAUCCGUCUCUCCGACUCAAUUGACUUCUCCGGGGAUCACCAAUCAGUUCUCGCCAUAAUCAUGUUCGCAAGAUCUGCAUUCAGGGCCGCUGCGCCGCUACGACAGCAAAUCCGUCACUACGCGACCGAGCCUGCUCCCGCGCAAGGCAAGAGCAACAAGGCCUUUGUUUAUUCGGCCGCGGGCCUCGGCGCCGCCGGCGCCGCCUACUACUUCUUCGCGGGCACACCGGCGGCCAAGAAGGCCGAGGCCAAGGUCAGCGAGGCCGCGAGCGCUGCCUCGUCUGCGACCGCGGAUGUCAAGAAGGCCUUCACCGGCGGCGACCAGGGCUUCGUCAGCCUCAAGCUCGAAGAGGUGCAGAAUGUCAGCCACAACACCAAGCUCUUCCGCUUCAAGCUGCCCGAGGACGACAUGGUCUCCGGUCUGCACAUCGCGAGCGCCAUCUUGACCAAAUACCAGCCCCAGGGCGCCGAGAAGCCCGUGAUGCGGCCGUAUACUCCAAUCAGUGAUGAAGAUUCCAAGGGCCACAUGGACCUCCUAGUGAAGCGGUACGAGAACGGGCCCAUGUCGACCCACCUGCACGACAUGGUUCCGGGCCAGCGGCUUGACAUCAAGGGCCCGCUCCCCAAGUACUCGUGGACCCCCAACAAGCAUGGGCACAUCGCGCUGAUCGCCGGCGGCACGGGCAUCACGCCCAUGUUCCAGCUGUGCCGGGCCAUCUUCAAGAACCCCGAAGACAAGACCAAGGUGACGCUCGUCUUCGGCAACGUGACUGAGGACGACAUCCUGCUCAAGCACGAGCUGGCUGAGCUGGAGAACACGUACCCGCAGCGCUUCCGCGCCUUCUACGUGCUCGACAACCCGCCCAAGACCUGGGCCGGCGGCAAGGGCUACAUCAACAGCGAGCUGCUCAAGACGGUCCUCCCCGAACCAAAGGCCGACAACAUCAAGCUUUUCGUCUGCGGGCCCCCAGGCUUGAUGACCUCCAUCUCGGGCAACAAGAAGAGCCCUAAGGACCAGGGCGAGCUGACGGGCAUCCUGAAGGAGCUGGGCUACACGCCCGAGCAGGUGUAUAAGUUCUAGACGGUCGGAGGCUGUAUCGAUUAGACAUUAUUGUAGACAUAGAAGCCGAGGCAUUCCUAAUCAUGAUGGUCCUCUCCCCGAGCUGUAUCUAGAAAACCUUUGCUCUCCACUGC